GUCGAGGCGAUUGAACGAUGCGGUCCAUGACGGCGAACGACGACGAGACGUGGGCGAACUGGCAGGGGGGUCUGGUACCCGAAUUGAAAGAAAAGGCGACGUUCAAGGACCUGGUCUUCCCUGGGUGUCAUGAUGCGGGCGCGUAUGGUUCUGCCGACCUUGUGCACACAAGUGAAAAUAAACCCAUUCCAAUCCUGCUUCCAUACUUCCGCUGGCUUCCCGGAAUAAGGGAUUUGGUUGAAGGAAUGACAAGGAUGCAAGAAACGGACAUUAGGACCCAGCUACUUCACGGCAGUCGAUAUUUUGACCUGCGCUUUGCUCGACCGAAUGGCCUGAACGAACUGCACGUCGCCCAUGCGGUCGCAUAUCAAUCUGCAGUGGCCGUCCUCGAGCAAAUUCAAACCUUUUUGGAGGGGCAUCCUACCGAGAUAUUGAUUUUACUGCUGCGAAAUGCAUAUACGCAAAACACUGACACAGCGGAAAUUGCAAGGCUCGUGCUAAGCUACGUCAAGCCAUAUGUUCAUCGUAACCUGGCGCAACACAAAACCUAUGCCAGUGUAUCGGAGAUGAUUGCCAAGAACGAGCGAGUCAUUUUGGUAUACGAGGGAGCUCGUGCUGAGGAUGACACUAUCCGCAACAGCGAUUGGUGGUGGCAAGCUGAGAAGCUCUUCUCUUGGACCUGGAUCGUCAACAAUGGUGAUUGGAAGGAAAGGACGGACUGGAUGGUCGAACACUGUCGGAGAUGGAAGUCAGAAUUUGGGAGCUGGGAUGCUGCUCGACAUAACGAUCCGCACACACCUAAAAAGAUGCUCAUUUGGUCACACGAAAUAUCCCUCAACGGGGGAGUGGCGGUACGGAAUCAUUUGAGGCAACGGUGGUUUGGCCGUCCCAACCCCGCCGACCCCAGCCAAAUGACAUUCCGUCAGCAUGCAGCUCAAUACAAUCAACUUUUCCGUGGUCACUUUUUGGAGACGAGUCCUUUCAUUCCCCCAGAUCUGCGUGACGACAUUGGAAUCGUACACGUGGACUUUGAGUGGGAGGUAUAUCGGCAAGUAAUGGAGUAUACGAUAAAGACCAUGGCAGCAAGGUUUUUAGAAAUACGAAAGAGGUCAGGCCCGGUGUAUGGAUAGCGUCUCGCACACAGUCUUGCCUCUCUUUUUUUAACUGUCACAGUACAUAUCACAACGCUACUCUAAGCAACCGCUUCCUUAUUAGACAACUUUCAUGUUGUGUGCUCCUGCCAGAACGUUUUCUGUUACCAAUAUUUGUAUUGGAAGAUGUACGAGUGUUUUCGACAUUAAACAUUAUACCAACGUUUUCUGUUACCAAUAUUUG